AAAAGAACAGUGGUAGAACCAGUCUUAUGUUGUAACGUGUGGGUGAAUCGCAAUGACAGGCACAAAUAGAUACCUCAUAAAGUAGUGAAGGCUAGUCAGCAAAGCAUCUAGAGGCUGAGUAGAGGACAUACAUUGUAUUCUAAACAAAGUAAUGUCACAAUGACAAUGUCAUGAAUGUGAUUUGACGCGUGGGUGCAUGGGCUACGGGAUCGGAUUUGAAGUGAUCAUGUUUAUGGAUCUUAGUCGUUCACGAUCGCCGGGCAUGCCGGGUGUAACCAUGGAUGGAGGAAAACACGGUCGGCAACAAAGACGUUAUGUUGUUGAGGAAGCAGAUGCAUUUAACACGACAGUAGAGGAGGCAUUUUGGCCACCAUGGCCGCCAGGAUCAAUCAACUCUCCACUGGUUAAUGAACAGCAGGAAAAUUCUGUCCCAGAUGAAGUGGAAUCGGGUCGACGGUCCUCCUUUGGCAUGUCGGUAUUCAACUUGAUGAAUGCCAUCUUGGGUAGCGGUAUCCUGGGACUAUCCUUUGCCAUGGCUAAAAGUGGCAUCGCUCUCUUCACAUUAUUAUUAGUAACAGUGGCUGUACUGGCUGACUUCUCCAUUCAUCUCCUCCUCAAGAUGUGCGUCUUAACUGGUGUCAAAUCUUAUGAAGAAGUUGGCCUGUUUGCUUUCAAUGUCCCUGGCAAGAUAAUGGCUGCCGGUGCAAUUCUCCUUCAAAAUAUAGGAUCUAUGUCAAGUUACUUAUUCAUAGUCAAAGAUGAAUUGCCCAAAAUCCUGAGUUCAUUCCUACAUAUCACAGAAGAUAAAAAUCUGUGGUUCUUGAACGGCACCUAUCUUGUCUUGAUGGUCGUGUUGAUAGUUAUCCUGCCGUUGGCCUGCCUACCCAAGAUUGGUUUUCUGGGCUAUACUAGUGGUCUCUCCAUAUUGUGCAUGGUUUUCUUCACUGUCGUGAUUGUCAUCAAGUGGUUUUCCUUUCCUUGCCCAAUACCGGGCAUUAAUUGGACUAAUAUGACAAAUUCAGAGGGGAGCCAGACAACAGCAACUUAUCACUUGUCUUAUAGUACAAGUUCUCCUAUUGGAUACGAAAUGGGAAAAGAUGUGGAAUCAACCAAUGGCAGCACCUCGUUGGAGUGUGAGCCAACCUAUUUUUCCCUGACAACAGAUACGGCAUACGCCCUGCCCACCAUGGCCUUUUCAUUUGUCUGUCACACUGCAGUGCUUCCAGUUUACUGUGAGCUUGCCAAACCCAGCAAGAGCCGCAUGCAGAACGUAGCCAACUCUUCAAUCUUCAUCUCAUUUACACUCUACAUGAUCUCAGCACUCUUUGGCUAUCUGACAUUUUAUGGCAAUGUGAGUGACGAGCUACUCGAUGGGUAUGAGUUAUACAACCCACUGGACCCACUUAUUUUGAGUGUUCGUCUGGCCGUGUGCCUAGCCAUAAUCUUCACUAUUCCACUUAUACACUACCCAGCCCGCAAAGCCCUCUUAAUGAUCUUCAAUACCUGGGUGCCACUCAGGGAUGCAUCGUUUCCAUGGCUACGCCAUUUUGUGUCCACUGCUCUUCUCAUCACCUUGGUGACGUGUAUAGCAAUCUAUGUACCUGACAUCAAGCAGAUCUUUGGCAUCGUUGGUGCCACUGCCUCUACUAGUCUUGUCUUCAUUCUACCCUCCCUCUUCUACUUGCGUCUCGGCACAGAACGACUAAAUUCUUUACAGAAAAUAGCAUGUUUGGCUCUGCUGGUAAUUGGUGCAGCUACUCUGGUAACUAGUCUGGUCUCUAUCAUCUACCGCAUCGUCACAAAGGCAUCAUGAUGUGAACAGGUCAAGCAUAGAUCCAGGGAACUAUACUGACAAUCAGUCUUGCAACCAUUUCGUGUGUUAUCAUAAAGGAAUGAUGCAGUGUGAAAGGAACCAAGUGAGAUGGAAAGAACUACCCUGGAAAUUUAUCUAGUCACCAUCGUCUUAUGCAUUACCAUGAAGAAAUUGUACCAAUUAACCACUUAAUACUCACUUCCCCAAAUCUCUCUAAAUGCCAAGGUUGGUUCCAACAGUUUUGAAGUGUGUUGCUUGAUAGACCAACCUUUAUUACUUUACCAAGGCACUUUAUAUCCUUAUUUCCUUUUUACAAAGUUCAAAGAAUUGGCUGUUCUUACUGUAAGUUCACUCAGGGACUUCUCAUGCCAGUAUCAAUAUGAAGCAUGGUGUGACAGGUUUAUAAAAAUGCUUCGUUGGUAACAAAAGUGUUUUGCUAGAAUGCUGCAAGCCAAGUAGCAUUACAGCUUCGGUUGUUGUUUGUUGUAGUUCCAUUAUAUUACUAUCAUUCGCUGUAACUAUUUCUCACAGACAAGGUAUUUUUGUUCUGUUGUGUACUUGGACUUUUUUUUUUGAGUUAUUUAUUUUGUAACUGUUCGAUUUCAGUCCCAUGUGUGAAUUUGUUUCUUGAAAUGCAUUGUAAAAUGUGUGCUUUCCUGCUACCCGGAAAUUUUCUUUGUGCCAAAGAUAAUUGUGCAUUAGAUUUGUUUAAAUUUCUUGUAAAUUUCAAACAAUAUUAUUUGUACACACUAUGUAUUUCCUAGUUCUUUGGGUAUUUUCUUAAAGGGUAAUAUUAUAGGGUAUCAUUUCAAAUAUAAAUCUUUCUUCUAAAAAGGUUUCAUACAGGUUUGUUAUAUUUUCGUUCAAUGAAAUUUUUCUCAUGUUAUUUUUGUUCAAGUUUUUCAUAUUUCUAAUGAACUAUAUUGCUUUUUCAAAGGUAUGCUGGUAGUUUCUGUUAUGUGAAGGUAGAACGUGUGGAUGAAGGUUUUGUGUCCCUAAGCAAGGUGCUUUGCUUCACUUGCCUGUCUUACCCCAUCAGAGUAGAAGCGGUCAUUGUCGUGGCUUCCUCAUGGACAUAGUGAACAGUCAACCUGUUAUUGCCUUUGUGACUUUCAACAUUAACUUAACUUUAAUAUUUAGUUAGGCUACAUUCGUCAUUUAUGCUCGUUUAAGAUAUGAACCCAGCAGACUCCAUUGAUGGUAGGAUAAUGCUGUCUCAUAAUCCGAGCAAUGUUAAGGAGCUUCUAGGGCCUUGUGUUCCCCUGGCCCCGUAUAUGAGCAUUAUGUCAGGUCACCAGUCUAGCUUCCGGCCAAAAGCAUUGCAUAUUAAAGUUGUCUGGAGGUGCAAAUGUAGUUUCUCAGGAUUAUAGAUAAUUUGGGGUCAUUCUGUACAGUUUGGGUCCAAAGUGUGACAUUUUGUGUACCUCUAAACCUGACCUGUGUAAUUUGAAACGGAAAUACUGAAAUUCACUAUAUUUUAUUUGUUUUGAAUGUAAUUUACAUUAUUACUUCAUCACUGUUUGAAAACCAUGUCAGUUGUGGGAGGGACAUGAAAGUUGACCCGUAUUUGUAGAGUAACCCUUAUGAAUGGAUACUGACCAGGGUAAGUCAAAGCCUUUUUUAUUGUGGACCUCACCAGUAAGUUUUCUGGUUGUUAGUCAAAGGUUGUGUUGUCGCAAUACGUAAUUGUUUUAGCAAGAACUUACAUCAUUAGUUCUGUUCAUGCAUGGCUGGGACAUCAGAAACACCUCUGACACUCGUGGUAAGUUGAAACAAUUGUGAGCCUCUUUGUGGUGUAAGCAGUGAAUUGUAUAUGGGAACAGAGCUUAUAAUGUGAUGGGUCAUUACGACAGUUUUUGAUCAACCUUUAAGUACAAUGCAAUUUUCUCUCUAGGUAGAAUAUAUAUAUUUUUUAUAAUUGUGUCUGUAAGUGUAUUUUAAUUUCCAUUUUUAAAAUUACCGUUUGUCAUAAUUUUAGUUGUACUGUACAUGAUUUCUCAAGUUUUCUCGUCCAUAUCAUGAGAAAUGAGACAUCAGGGUUCAUUUUUCAUAAAACUACACAUUGUCUAAUUGUAUUUCUUAAUCUAAGCUGAUGGGAAUGCUUUUAUUUGUAUCUAAGUAAAUAAAUUUUAAAUUUGUAUAUCUUCA